UCUUGAAUAUCUGAUAAUCUGAUAUCUGCGAACAUGUUGCUGUGAUGUUUACGAUUUCUUAAUUUUUUUCUGUCAAAUAUUUAUCAAUAUUUUCCAAACAAUCUAUUCUAUUCUUAUAAAUAAGCUGAAAAGUACAAUUGAGAAAGAGUUGACGAUUGUAAGUGUUGCGUUUUUUUCUCAUUUCCUUGUUUAUUACAUUCUUCCUCGUAUUGUGUAAAAAAAAGUUUGAGAUUUUGUGACGCAAAAAACGUUUUCUCUGUGCUAUUGUGUAAUAAAGUGUUAAUAUAUUAAUUUCCAUCGGGCAUUUCGAAAAUUAUACAAAGUAGAAUUAGUUAUCCAUGUUAUCGAAUGAAAAUUUUAAUUCUCUUCAGUUUAUCAUUAUUUUAAUUUUCUUUAUUACAGUUAGGAAAGCUCUUUAUAAUUAGGAAAAAGUAAUUAAAUUUAACUAACACCCAAAAAUGACGGGUGAACUAUCAUUUCACAAGUGUGAUACUAACACAUUAAAUAGUGAAAAUAAAUUAUUAGCAAAUAAUCUCGAAAUUCCAACAAAAAAUGUUCGUGUACCUGAAAGUUCAAGGGGACAAACAGAAAUUCCAAAUAAGAUUUACGUAAAUCCAAAUUACGCCGUCAAGAAGCACUUAAUUCACGUCAAUCCAAAUGUACAUAAAAAAACAUCGAUACACAUAAAUCCGAAAGUCGACAACCCGAAGACGUCAAUUUACAUAAAUCCGAAAUUAAAUUCAAAACCACCUGUCACUUUAAAAUUGGAGCCAAAAACAAUUCCCUUAAAUCCGAAACCAACAAUAGCGAUAAAUCCGAAAAUUAUUCCAAAAUCAUCGAUUUACGUCAAUCCAAAACCAACGACAACAACAACUUCUGUAAAUUCAAAAGCAGAGGCAAAAAUUUAUGUGAAUCCAAAAAUUGUACGUGACAUGAAUAUUGUCAAGAAUUUACAAGAGAAUAAUGAAAAUAGUGCAAAAAAAUUGGAACCCUCAACGUCAACGCAGGACUAUUUAAAAAAAUCGGUGCACGUGAAUCCAAAAUUAAUGAAAACAAUUACAAAUUCACAAUCAACAAAAAGUCUUCCAACAACUAUUGAAACAAAAUCUAUCAAUCAAUCAACAAAUUACAAUAAUAUUUAUUCAAAGUCAAAUGUGACAAGUACGGGAACAAAUAAUAAUAAAUUUAUUAAUCCAAAUUAUUCAAUUGUCUCACGUAGAAAAUUGAUAAGAGUAGUGAAACGAAAUAUCGUCAAAACGAAUAGUUUAACAGUUUCUCCAAUUAAAGCGAGACAAUUUGGUAAUAAAGUACUGAAAAGAGUUAGUGGAAAUAUUUUAUCGCCCUCUACCAGUCCUUCCGUUCAAAUAAAUAAUCGUUUGAAAUUCGUUAAAUCGAAAACUAAAGUAAGCGCGUAUAAACUCGAUAGAAUUGCCGUGUCAAAGGGAAAGAACAAAACUAAUUCUUCUUCUGCUGGUGUAAAAUCAACGAGUAAUUUUAAGAAGUUAGUUUCAAUUGAAGGAAUUCGUUACAAUUCAUCAAAGAAUCAGUUGAUACGGAGAAACAGUACUAGUCCGACAAAAAAAAAACGAACAGUUUCGAGUAAAUCGAAAGAUCAAUUUUUCAUCGCGUCUAAUGGAAAAGCACUUCGUCGAAUUGAUACAACAACGAAAAAUACACCGGCGAAUAAUUCUGCUCGAUUUUCAUCGGCAUUCAAUCGAAAUUCAAUUAUUAAAAGAACAUCCUUCGUUUCUUUGAAGCAAACCAUCAAAAGCAAUAUGAGCAACAAAGUGAAGCAAAGGAGUAUACAACUUUUGCGGAACAAAAUGCGCAAAAAUAAUCAGCCUUGUCUAUUUUUCCGAAAAUUUGGCUAUUGCGCGAAUCAAGCAAAAGGAACGUGUCAUAAAGUUCAUGACAAAAAGCAAAUUGCCCUUUGUAAAAAUUUCCUGCAAGGCAAAUGUUUAGUGGAAAAUUGUAAACUUUCACACGAUGUGGGCCCGGAAAAAAUGCCGACAUGUAAGUAUUUUUUAGAAGGUUGUUGCUCACGCGACAAAUGUCCCUAUCUUCAUGUCAAAGUUUCGGAAAAAACUCCAAUUUGCCGAGAAUUUCUCCAAGGCUACUGCGCAAAAGGCACUGAGUGUAAGGAGCGUCAUAUUUUCGCGUGUCCCGAAUUCGAAAAGGAGGGAAAGUGUAGUAAAGGUAAACAGUGCCCCUACCCGCAUAAAUCGAAAACGAAAAAUACGCCACGCACUUUAAAUAAUGUAAACAAGGAAUUAACGAAUUUGAAUGCUUCCAAUGAGAAUGACCUCACUUGUACAAUAAUAGAGAGCAGAAAACGUUAUUAUGAUAGUUCAAAUGAUGAUUUGGAGGAGAAACGUGAGAGAUUAUUGAGAAAAUUGAAAAUCGUCAAAGCCGCACAAAAUCAAAAUGAAGAGAGUACAAUUAUUAUCAAUGAAGAUAAAAAUGAAGAAACAGAAGUGAGAGUUGAAAUAGAUACGACUGUCUAUGUGCCACGUAAAAGACCACCAGUUGGUAAUUUACCAUCUUAUAUACCAAUUAAUUAGACAAUUUUUCAUUUUUAUCUGAUUUUCAUUUAAUUUACGUUUUCUUUACGUUUAUAUUUUAAUUAUAUUUUAUUUAAAUUUAUCCUUUUUAUAUUUAUAUAUUUUACGUGAAUUUUUAUAUUUUUUUCCUCUGCGUAAAUUAUAUAUUUUUUUUCCUAACACUUUUGUGUGAAAUACAUUAAUUUUAAUUUUCGUUUUUUUAUACGCUAAAUUUUUAGAGUGUAACUACAAAUUAUUUGUAAAAAAAGAUUGAUUUCUAUUUAUAAGAAUUAUUUUUUAAAGAAAGUGUUAAAAUACAGUACCUAAAUAUUCUGUGAUAAACGUGUAUCUGAAAUGAUUUCGUUAAUAAAGUAAAUUUUACAGA